UGUACCUUCGAAGAAAACCAAUAAACAUGCGGGUUUCUACCAUCAUCAUUUUGGCUGUUUGCCUCUUUAGUGUUGCUUUCGCAAAUGACAAGGACGCUGGACCUGCAAACAGCCUUGGUCACCACAACCACAAUAGGAGAAUAAAAACGUUUCCUGAUGCUGCUGCUGGUAAACAACCCCAGGACCCGAAGGUCCCCAAGAAUCCCAAACUCCCCAAAGUUCCUAAAUUACCCGACAUCCCCAAAGUUCCUAAACUACCCGAUGUCCCCAAAGUUCCUAAAUUACCCAAAGUCCCCAAAAUUUCUAAUGAACCCACGGCACCUAAAAGUGUAAAUUGAGGCUAAGAAAAAGGCCAAGAACAAAACGGAAAUUUUAAAAUAAAAAUUAAUAUAUAUUUAAUACGCGAGUCAAAAAUUCGACUCUAAAAUGUUA